GGCAUACGUGCAUCAUUUAGUCGAGAACAUCACUGUGACUCGCGUUUCUGAUCUACGCAACAACGUGGCUUGCGGUCCCUUUUGUAACUAUCGCGUAAACUCCCACGUGCCACAUUAGGCCACCUUUCAUUCUCGAGUUAGAGGCACGAAUUCACCGAAGAAUUUACGUCGCUGGUAUACGAAUACAAUGGACUAGAAUUAUCCAGACGCGUUUCGAUAUGAAUUUCAAUGAGCUGCCUUAUCGAACAGAAGCUGUCGACGCUCCGAUAUAGGGUGUCUUCCCAUUUUAUUGAUGAAGAGCCAUUUAAAGUAGAGUUACUAUUUAUGUGCAGGGUAUUUUAUGUAGAGUCUUUUAUGUGCAAUGUCUUUAAUAUUUUUUUAUUAAGGAAUAAAAGACGUUGUGAAUGAAAUGUUUGUAAGUAAAUCAUAGUAUCUUGAAUAAAGAGAGAUAGAAGGAUAGAAGAAGAGAUGGAAGGGAGAGGAGAAAAGUGUAUUUCAUAAGAAUCUGCUAAGGCCAGAGGACUCAUCAGUUACGUUAACUUAGAAAGCAUGUGCCCAUGCCAUAGACACCCUGAUAAGAAAGUUAAGAAAUGAUACAUAUUUACAAUUACUGAUAAAUAGAAGAGAAAGUACUAGCGAGAAAGUGUUGUACGUCGGCAUAGUACGAAAGUGUAGGUAGCCAUCUGGUGGCAGAGUUGGGAGUGUCUCUACAUGUUCUUUCCCUUCCAGUUGGUUAAAUAACGUUUAGAGUGGGAAUUCAAAUAUAACAGUGUUGUAAAAAUAAUUAAAUUUCGUUAAAGUGAAAGUUGUUCAAGAAUUAGAAAAGAAAGAGAGAACAGAAAAUUUAUUAAUUUCAAUUAUAAAUCCCUCUUGAAAUAUAAAUUAAAAGCUCAUUUCUUCUAAUUAAUUGUAUUCAUAGUUGAUCCAACAGAGUGAUUCUUCAAUAUAAAUAUCGCACUGCUAGUGUGAUUAAUCAAUAUGCUGCAAGUAGGAAUGCUACAAACAUGUCAGGUAAAAGGAAAAAAGUGACUGUAACCAUAGCAAAGAAGUUGAAAGCUUUGUACAGGAUUGAUAAAGGUGAGCCAUUAAGAAGUAUUGCUAUUGAUUUAGGAGUAGGAAUAUCUACUGUUUCUGAUUGGAAAAAAAACAGAAAGGAGAUUGAAGAUUUUUGUGCCAAGAUGGUUUCUAGGGAUAGCUUAGGCAACAGAGGAACAAUUAAAAAAGCAAAGAAUGUAACACUGGAUGAUGCACUGUAUAUGUGGUAUAUUCAAGAACUUGAAAAUGGUAUUCCUAUGUCAGGACCUAUCCUUAGAAGAAAAGCUCUGAGUCUUAAUAAAAAGUUAGGUGGUGAUCCUACUUUCACAGCAAGUGUAGGGUGGUUAGGAAGAUGGAAAGCCCGACAUGGUAUAAAACUGACCCUUUGUAGUCAAAGUUUACUGGAGGAUACUGUCACUAAUGACAACUCAGAUCGAUUAUUAUCAGAAGAUGAUAUUGUGAGUGCGCGUUUAUCCACUCAAAAUGAAGAUGACAUCCAAGACUCUUUUAUUGAUAGAUGUCAUCAAAAAGAAAUAGAUGUCAACCACCUAGAAGCAACAACAAUGCUAGAAAAAUUGAUAACUUAUUUUGAACAGCAAAAUGACACCUUAGAGAAUGAUUUAAUGACUCUAAAACAUUUACACAAUCGUGUAUCAAAAAAAUAUUUGCUAACUCUAAAACAGAAAACUACUGUUUUGUAAUAUAAUAUUCUCAGUGUAUAAUUAUUGUAUAUAUCUUUCUAUUAUACCAUUUUUUAGUGUAAAUAAAUUUUGCAAAUAUA